UGCUGCGGGUGUCGGUGGGAGGAGAAGGCGGAGGCCAAGGCUCUUCCUCCUGCUCGUUGGGCGGCUUGGGCUCGUAUUUCCUUUCCCCCCCUCCCCCCCAGCUGUGAAGCGGAGCUGAACGUGGGGACGAGGACGGAGACCGCCGGAAAGUGGGGUCCCCCGAGCUGCAAGUCGCUGGCGGCGGGCGAAGGCGGUUGGGACGGCUGAGGCGGCAGGCUGGCAAGAAUAACCUUUUGGCCAUUAUACUGGAAACUUGAAGCAGGCUCAUAGUGGUGACUACACAGAUAUUUCUGAGAAGCCUAGAAGUACAAAAGUACAAACCAUCUUCCAUUGUUGCUCCAUAGCAACUCACACUCUGGAGAAGUGCUGACAAGCUUCAAGAAGUUUGGUUAUAAGUAUCUGAGAAGAUGGUUAGAUCACGAUCAAGAUCACCCAGAUGGAAACGAAGAUCUUUAUCACCUGCUGCAAGGAGUCAGGAACACAACAGACAGAGGCACAAUCACAUUAAUUAUGAUUCUGAAUACAAGGUUUUCAGAAAAGACCCAAAGAGGCCUGUGUCUUGGAGAACAGAGGAUGGGAAACAUGGACAAGUGAAUUCUAGAUAUUCACCACAUGAAACAAACCACCAUCGACUUUAUGAAUGUAGGUCAUAUUCCCCAACUCUGAAGAGAUUUCCUUCAGAAGAUAAAUAUAGUCAUAAAACCUGUAGAACACAGUCACCUGAAAGGAAUGAAAGCAUCAGAGGAUGCCAGUUUACUUCUAGAUAUUCAGAGAUCUCCCACAAAGAACACAGUCAGUCUUUUUAUCCAUCCGAAACACGUGUCAGAGAGAUGCAUGAAGAUAACCGAUCUGUUGGAAACACAAAGGGGAUGACGACUUUUCAUAGGCCAUUGGAGACUUCUUGUAAGUUUGAAAGGAAGUGGAAUGACACAGACCUGAGGCAUCAUCUGUUACAAGAAAACAAGUUUACUCAUUCACCUCGAAGAUUUUCUAACGAAUUUAUUCCAAGGAGCUCUUUCGAGAAGAGGUAUCGUGAAGAUCGUGAUUACAGAGAGUACGGGCACACGUAUAAAAGAGCUAAAGAAGUGGAGAGGUAUCAUGAUAGAGAAAUAGCAAGCAAUUCCAAAUGGAAGCAUGAUCAUUCUUCUAAACCCAACCAUGAAAAGGAAGAACAACAAAAUCGUGGUCUUCACACUUAUCAGCCUGUGGAGAAAGAAUACACUGACAGUUGUCAAACAAAGCUUCCGUCUGACUAUAGCCAUAAGCGCCAUAAACAUCCGACUGGAGGAAAAUAUAUUUCUGGUGAAAGAACAGAGAAAUACAUGAAAUUAGAAGACCCAAAAUAUAAUUAUCCUAAAGGCUCCUGGGAUAGCAAGUAUUCAGAACACUAUAGCAGAGAGAAAGAAAGCCAUACUGAAGAGCCUCGCACUGAAGCAGUACUGAAAUACACUUCCGGGAAGGGCGGCAAUUCUUGUACUAAACCUUACAAAAGUAAUGCUGAUCAAAAAGAGAAAGAAAGAGUAAAGAAACAUGAUGAUUUUAGGGGAAGAGUAGAUGUUUCCAAUAGUCUUCAGGUUGACACUCAUAAUAAAAUCUCAGAUGUGAAAGUUUCAGAUGUCUAUGCUAGGAAGGAAAAACUUACAGUCAAAGUGGAUAUGAAGAAAACUGUGAAUAAGUACAGGAGUGCAUCUAGUCAUGUCAUGGAGAGGCAAACAUCAUGUGACUUAGUGGCCGUGGGUAGAAAAACUGGAAGUUUCCAUUCAGUAUUUGAACAUAUAAAAUCUGUGACACAGAAUGUAGAACAAAACCCAUCGAAAGAAUUUGCUCAGGAAAUCAUUACAAUUAUUCAUCAAAUUAAAGCAAACUAUUUCAGAUCUUCAGAUAUAACUCUGCAUGAACGCUUCUCAAAAAUACAAGACAAUCCAGUUGCAAGUGAAAUUAAAAGACAUUCAGAUCCAGAAAUUCACAGGAGGAUCGAUAUGUCUCUGGCAGACCUUCAGAAGAGACGAGCUAUUUCAUGUGAGUCUGGACAGAGUGUUGUGAGAGUUCUGGAAGAUCCAAAUGAUCUGAGACAUGAUAUAGAGAGGAGAAGAAAAGAAAGACUGCAGAAUGAGGAUGAACAUUCCUUUUAUGCUGAUGAUAUAUCACAAAGGUAUGAACAGAGUUACAGCUUUCCAAAUCUACAAAACUCUCAAAUGCAUGGAUUCCAGAAAUACUCAAGAUUCUUAAAUCCACCUUUCAGGAAGUUUAUUAAGAAACCUCAUAUGCCCAACUUUAUCGAUGGCCGGUCACACUUCAGAUCAAACUUGGUACAGAAAGGUUUAUAUAUUCAGGCUAAAUAUCAGCGGUUACGUUAUGCUGGAGCAAGGGGAUUUACCACUAAUAGAAUGCGAAGAGGAUUUUUCAGAAAAGAUCAGGGUUCGGAAAUCUGAGCAGGAGUCACUAUCUCUGAUGACCAUGGCAAGACAGCAUUUCUUUGCAUUUGACAGUUCUAUCAAGAAUAAAAAGGGGGACAAACAGAACUAAUACUUUAACUUUUCGUGUUAAAGAUAAUUUUAUUUUUCAGUAGUUAAUGUUGAAGAACUUUUUUACACUUUUAAUAAUGGCUUUUUUCAAGAUACAGUGAUCAACAGAACAUUAUAGGAUUGUUCCUUUUAGUUGCUCUUGCAGGCAAGUCAAAAAUAAAGCAGAAAGGGAGUCUUUA